GGCCCAACGAUGCCCGAAUUACCCGAGCUACAUCUGGGCUCAGGCCCGAGAGGCGGCAGCGACAUGGCGAUGGCGGCCGAGAGAUCGGAGGUUGGUUCCCCCACGCCGGCGCAGCCGCCGGCACCGAAGCGGCGGAAGAUCGAACCGACGCGGAGGGAUAGACCUUCUUCUCAAGUUUCUCUUGAUAAGGACAAGACGGCAGCGUCAUCUAAUUCAUUGGUUGCAGGUACCGCGCCAGCGAGAGUGGAUAUCAACAAAGUUAGAGAGGCAAAGAGAUUUGCUGUCCUUCAAGCACAGCACGAGGGAUGCCUGGGAAGCUAUAAAAGCUUUGAUUCUUUUUUCGGUAAUUAUCUUGUCCCUGUUACCCCAAGCAAUGAAUUCUUCGAGCAAAUUGUGAAGAAGUGAACCAACAACUUCAAUGAUUGUGAACGGCCAUGAGGAUGAUUCUGCUCUACGGUGCUGCCUGGUAUUUUAACAAUGCAGAGUUCUGCCCGAUGAGAUGUAUACUACUAAGAGCGUAGCAGUUCAGACUUCCAGAGAAACUUAGAGAGUUUUUUCUUUUCUUUUAGAAGUGUUUGGAGAAACUGACUUCCAACUGAUAAGUUUCAUGUACUGCUGUAAAUACUCCUGCCUUGUAAGUUCUUCACACUAGCAAAAGGUUAGAAAAUACUGAUGCUGGAAAAGCGUUGGCAUUCUGGCAAGCAUUUUACAGUGUCACCUUCUUUUCCCCAGUGGGAAUUUUCUCAGGCCUAUCCUUCCAGCCCCCCAAGAGAAUGUAUAUCUGGAGUUCCGCACUGGAAUCAUUUUAUUCUCCUA